AUGAAUCUCGUGGAUGAUUCAAGGACGCAACUUGACAAAGAGAUAGAACUUAUACACAAAAUACAGAUCCAAAACUUACCUGUGACCGCGGAUAAAGUGGCCGCUGCAACAAAGAAUGAUGUUGUAUUGUCUCGUGUCAUGGAGUUUACAAGAAGUGGUUGGCCAAGUUCACAACCUGACAUAAACUUAUUACCAUACUUUAGAGUACGCAGUGAGUUAACCAUUGAAGAUGGAUGUUUACUGAGAGGGAUCAGAGUUAUAAUCCCUGAAAAGUAUCGACAAGAUGUACUUGAGGAGUUACAUGUUUCUCAUCCAGGAAUGGUCAGGAUGAAAUCAUUAGCCAGACUUCAUGUAUGGUGGCCUGGAUUGGACUCGGACAUUGAGACCAAAGUCUCACAGUGUGGAUCGUGUAGGAUGCAGUUACCAAGCUUACCUAAAGCUCCAGCGAAUCCAUGGAUAUGGCCAAACCCCCCCUGGAAACGAGUGCAUAUCGACUUUGCAGGACCGUUCAUGCAGCGUAUGUUUUUGAUAAUCGUGGAUGCAUAUUCCAAAUGGAUGGAUGUAGUGAUGAUGAAUUCUACAACUUCUGAGAGUACUAUUAAUGCCUUGCGAUAUCUAUUCUCCUCAUAUGGACUACCAAUAGAGAUUGUGUCAGACAAUGGACCGCAGUUUGUGUCCGAGGAAUUUGAAACUUUUCUGAGGGAGAAUGGAGUGCGGCAUAUCAGAUCGGCGCCGUACCACCCUGCAUCGAAUGGAGAGGCAGAGAGAGCGGUGCGCACAUUCAAACAAUCAAUGAAGAAUAUGGCAAGCGAGACCGGAACACUAAAUCAGAAACUUGCAGCAUUCUUGUUAUCAUAUCGUACCACACCCCAUACCACGACAAGUCAAACACCAGGGGAGUUAUUUCUUAAUCGAAAAUUACGAACCAGAAUAGAUGUUGUGAAACCACAUCUGACAGACCGAAUUCAGAGAAAGUCUGCGCCAAAUCUUGCUAAGAAGACUCGAAUAUUUCACACUGGUGAAAGAGUGAUGAUACGUGAUUACCGUGGUGGAAAAGUAUCGUGGAUCGACGGGAUAAUUACAUGUAAACUUGGACCUGUCACAUAUCGUGUGAAUGUCAGAGGUAUGCAGUGGAAACGACAUAUCGACCAUAUUCGUGAAUUGGAUGUUCAGUGCGCGUUGAACAACUCUGAACCAGGGAAACAGAAUUCGUUUACGAGUAUUGUGCCUGUUAGUGUACCAUUUGAGAGUCGAGUGGAACCGCUAGAGAAACCGUCUACCGUCAAGUCAACUUGUGUUCCGACUUCUCAGGAUUCUGUGUUAAAGCCUAAUGAACCAGAAAUAAUCCGCGAUUUCACACCUUCCUUUGUUGCUGAUGAUACCAAUCACACUCAACCGCGAUAUCCACGACGAGAACAUCGAAGGCCGCAGAGACUGAUUGAACAGUGUUAA